GACGCCUUCAGGGGCAGAACUCCUGGGAGGCAAAUACCCCCGGGAGCUAUUUCCCCGCCCCAGACGGAGGGCGUUGCCCAGAGUGGGACGAAGCGGCACUGUCAGUGGACAACGCCCCCCAGGUCUCCUGGGAGACCCCGGAGCGACCCCGGGGGCAGCACUGGUCGUAUUCGGGCCACAGUGACCUCUGCUAGGUUGGGGGCGAUGGGGACACGGGCCUCGCAGGGUCUCCUCCUUCUCCUCCACGUCCUCCCGAUGCUGCGCGUGGCUUCUGCCGGGAGCCUGCAUAACCCAGGCCUGUCCGAGUGCUUCCAGGUGAAUGGCGCCGACUACCGCGGCCGCCAAAACCACACCGGCCCACGCGAGGCCGGCCGCCCAUGCCUCUUCUGGGACCAGACGCAGCAGCAUAGCUACAGCAGCGCCAGCGACCCCCAGGGGCGCUGGGGGCUGGGUGCGCACAACUUCUGCAGGAACCCAGAUGGUGAUGUGCAGCCGUGGUGUUAUGUGGCCGAGACAGAGGAGGGCAUCUACUGGCGGUACUGCGACAUCCCCACAUGCCACAUGCCAGGUUACUUGGGCUGCUUUGUGGACUCGGGGGCACCCCCGGCUCUCAGCGGCCCCAGUGGCACCUCAACGAAGCUCACGGUCCAGGUGUGCCUUCGCUUCUGCCGCAUGAAGGGCUACCAGCUGGCGGGCGUGGAGGCUGGCUACGCCUGCUUCUGUGGCUCUGAAAGCGACCUGGCCCGGGGACGCCCGGCCCCGGCCACAGACUGUGACCAGAUCUGCUUCGGCCACCCGGGCCAGCUGUGCGGCGGCGAUGGGCGCCUGGGCAUCUACGAAGUGUCAGUGGGCUCCUGCCAGGGGAACUGGACUGCACCUCAGGGCGUCAUCUACUCCCCGGACUUUCCGGACGAGUACGGGCCGGACCGGAACUGCAGCUGGGUUCUUGGCCCGCCGGGCGCGGCGCUGGAGCUCACCUUCCGCCUCUUCGAGCUGGCUGACCCUCGCGACCGGCUGGAGCUGCGCGACGCGGCCUCCGGCAGCCUGCUCCGCGUCUUCGACGGCGCCCUCCCACCGCCGCCCGGGCCGCUGCGCCUGCGCGCCGCCGCGCUGCUGCUCACCUUCCGCAGUGACGCGCGCGGCCACGCGCAGGGCUUUGCGCUCACCUACCGCGGGCUGCAGGACGCCGCCGAGGACCGGGCGCCCCCCAAAGGCUCGGCCCAGACCCCCGCAGCGCUCCCCGACGGGACCAACGUGAGCUGCAGCCCCCGGCCUGGGGCUCCGGAGGCUGCGAUGGGGGCCCGGGUCUUCUCAAUGGUGACGGCCGUCUCAGUGCUGCUGCUGCUGCUGCUAUUGCUGUCACUGCUGCGCGUGCUGCGCCGACGGAGCUGUCUGCUGGCUCCGGGGAAAGGUCCUCCAGCGUUGGGGCCUUCCCGGGGCUCGGGGAGAAGCUGGGCCGUGUGGUACCGCCGUCCUCGAGGGGUGGCCCUGCCCUGUCCCCCCGGGGGCCCCCAGGCUGAGGGUCUAGCCUCGAGUUACCGCCCCCUGAGCACCUCCAGCCAGAGUUCCCUGCGUUCGCUCAUCUCUGCUCUCUGACUCGGGACCCCCAAGGUCCAUUGGACCCUCCUACAGUGGAAUGGACACUUGCGAUGCUGUGCCGCACUCUAUCUUGGCCUUCCACUUUUUUAAGAGCAGCUCGGUCUCUGGUCAUUUCUCAGAGGCCGGAGGUCGGACAGAAAGUAUCUGAUGCUAUUAUUGGGAACUUGGCCUUAUUCUGGGGUCCAGAGGGUCGAAGCCAAAGGGCAAGAGGAAUCGGCUCCCCUCCUCUUAGACCUUGAUACGGGCAUCUCUGAUAUCAGGAGUCUUUGAGCCCCUCUCGGGGUGGUCCUGGACUGCUGCCCUAAGUGAAAUGUGAGAGACCAACAAAAGUAGC